AAUAUUUGUUAUUUAAUCAAGUGCAAGGCCGUUCAAUGCACAUUAAAAAUUCCCGCCAGACCCAGCGUCGGCGCAUGGGCGCCAGGGAUUCAAUAUGGCCGCCAGUAGUUUUGAAUGGCGGCAGGAGAAGUCGUCGCCGAUCCGAAAAAAUAACGAACGACGAAACAAAUCGAGUUCAUCAGCUGUUUCUCCUUUUUCUCAUUUAUUUGUAAAUAAAUUUAGUUUCUUUUUUGGGAGACUCUGUGCUCCUUGCUCGUAGAUGCCCAGCGUCAAAGAUGAUUCUGAACCCGAAGGUGAAGAAAUGUCGCACGAUAGCAAUAACAGUGACCAGAGCUCAGCAUCCUGUGACAGCAGUGCUGAACACAGUGACAGCGAUGACUCCUCGGAGAUGGACGAGGACGAGUGCGAGAGAAGGAGACACGAGUGUAUGGAAAAUCUCGUAGACCUGGAGAGACAGUUUACACUUCUCAAGGAACAACUUUAUCGUGAACGAAUAACCCAAAUAGACACUAAACUCAGGGAAGUUAGAGUGGAGAAGUCUGACGAGUAUUUGGUACCUCUGCAGCGUCUCAAGGAAAACAUGGAAACGAAGACGAAAGUGGCGGAUGUACUGAGGAAGAUGAGACUAGAGAAUAUUCAGAUUAAGUUCGACGCUGAGGAACGCGCAGCCGAGCAAAAUCUCCAGAACGAGAAGAACCUCCUGUGGGACUCGAUCCACAGCGAUCUCCAGGAGAAGAUACGGAGGCUCGAGGAGGACAAGAAUAACGUGGACAUUCAUGCCGAUCUCUGGCUGAGCUCCACAGGAAAGCGGCGGAGGAGUCACACCGAGAGGAGACGCGCUGUUCCUGUUGCUGGGCCCUACAUCGUCUACAUGCUCAAUGAUGCUGACAUCCUGGAGGACUGGGCGCUCAUCAAGAAGAGCCUGAGCAGCCGAAAGGCGGAAAUUUUGUGAAUGAAGGGACUCGAAACAGUGAUCAAUUGGAGUUGACCCGAAUUUUCGAGCGUAUUGUGAAACAAUUUAUUAUUCAAUGAAUAAUUGAAGAGAUUUUGCGAUGGGAGGAACAUCCCAUCGAAUCCUGAAGUGAUUGAAUUUGUUAUUCUUUUGAUAAGGAAUAAUAUCAAUUUUUUGAAUCAUCAAA